AUGAAGACUUCUGCUGUUUUACUGUCUAUUGCAGAGGCCGCCACAAACUGCAAUCUUCAAAAAAUCCAAGUCGCCGGAACCAACCUGUACUCUGCCAUCAACCAUUUGGGCAAUGAAAAGCCACAGGGCCAUUUUAACGGCGUUUACGAGCUUGAUGAAGAUCAUGAAAUCGCGGGGAAACAGUAUGUCGAUGACAUUUUUGGUGGAUCCGCUUGGGUUCUCACAAACCAGCCAGGCCAGCCACGAUUCUUCACUUAUUCCGUCGAAGACUGUCCAACAGAAUUGAAGAACUGGAACAUUUUGCCGUUCGGAAUCAGCACAGAAAUCAACGACUACAUUCCUGUCGAGGAUGUUAGAGUGACGGCUGUUAGCGAUGAGAGUACGACUUCGGCGAAAUAUCUGACUGCUCAGUUUGAUUAUGGAGAAAUGGACUACUCCAACGACGUCUCAGAUAUUUACACGAUGCUUUACCACUACCUUCCCGAAUCGCACAUGAAACUCCACUACUACGCUUGUAAUGGAGUCCACACACUCGACAUCUUCCGAACUCUUCAAACAAACGCUAGACCCGCAUCAGACCCAGUAAACGACGCAAUCAAUGGCUGGAAAUUGUGCAGAAGAUGCUCAAACCACGAAUUUGAAAAUGACGAAAAAGUGUUCUACAAUUUCGAAUUGGAAACAGAAAUUUGCUCCAACGAAUACGGUUCGGUCGAACGGGCCAUUUGCGAAUGCGAUAGGAAUUUCGUGAGCACUUUGAGGUCUCUCGAAAUUCCCUCAGCAGAUUCCGAACUUACCACUGACCCACGAGACUGCGAGAGUGCCACGCUUCUCCAAGUUGAAGAUGUUACCUGCUGCUACAAUCGUGCCCAAAACCUGAUGACCGCCUACCAUCAAAUCCGCCAAUGCUGUUCUGAUGAAGGCGUCGUCAUGCCCGCGGGCCAGUGCCCAGCAGAAGCGCCAGAAGACAUUCAGAAGGAGACAUUUUUCACGCCCGAGGAGAUCCAAGACAUCGAGCAAGAUCAUCUGAAAAUCACUGGUGAAUCAUCUCAGUAA